GUAUAUAGAUCGUGGAGACGCCGCUGCAGGCAUUGUUUGACGUCCCCGCUGUGACCAUGAAGUUGCUGUUGGCUUUGGUAUUGGUGGGCGCAGUGUCUGCUGUCCCCGAGGAGGACCAUUUCGUCAACCCCGUCAUGCCUGGUCUUGCCGUCAGAGGCGGGACCACAUUCCUCUUCAGCAGCACAGCAACAGUAACUCGGACAAUAGAGACACAAAUCACCACAUUAGCAACGUGCGUAGCUGCCGCCUCCAACCUGCCCACCUGUUCCGCUAGAGCUGAAGCCCGAUUCUUCGCUUUCGUCCCAACUGCUAAUGAGCAAAGGUACGAGUUACAACCUGAAGCCCGCGCAGUAGACCACCUUGAACCGUCUUUCGAGUCUGGUCAAGUAAUUGAUCAUGGCCGCAUCAUCGAGUUUCUGCCGCCGAUCGGCUUGCUGACAGUAGUGACCAAUACAGCUUGGGAGAUCAUGGUCACUGCCACCGUCAGCCAUCCGACAGAAACCGUCACGAUCUCCUUGGCUGGCUGCGUGCCCCAGAUCCUCCCCUUCAGCGUCGCUGCCUGUGUCGCGACGGGCACAUCGCCAGCAUCUACGACCACAAGCGUCACCACGUCCUCAACGCCACCCAUGAGCCCUACUGUAGUCGCAACUGUAACAUCGACUGUAACACGACAGUGACUGCAACAACAAGCACGACCCCAGCAACUUCUACCACGACUCCUCCAUCCGUCGUGACUGUAACAGCGACUCAGACUGUAACAGCGACGGUAAUAUCCAUACCGCCGACGGGUGUCACCACGACUCCGCCCACAACUGCCGCCACCUCAUCAAGCGCGAGCUCAUCGGCCGUUCCAACCGGGGCGACAGACCAUGUUUGCACGCUGGAACUGAUUUUGAAAUAUAAUGAGACAGAGACUUCUUGUUUGGAACCUCAGACUUAAUGAUGGACAUUAUGUAAAUCAUAGAUAUAAAAAACGUGAUGAUUAGAGGCAUUGUCUCACUUUUAUUAAGCGAUAAAAUGUUCGGUCUAUUUGCAGAGUAUUUUGUUUAUAUACAUUGUGUCCUAUAAAGAUUAUCUUCUCCGAUAAAGUAACAAGAGUUAAUACCAAUAAUGUGAUUUUUUUUCAAAAACAUUUUUUUUUGUAAAUAUAUCGGUAAAUAUAUUAGCUUCAAUUUAUGACACUGUAUUGCUUUUGUUCAAUUAAUUUCCAAAGUUCUUCAGUCAAAAGACGUUGCAUUAAACCUGUUGAGCUUGUAAAGAUGGAUUGCCUACACACUGUAUGUUUAAUGCUUUCCUGUAAUUUGGUAUCUCAUGUAAUCAGUAGCAUUGGUAGCCUAAUCUGGAACUGAUAUCAUCAUGUUUUUUUUAUGAUAUUGGUGGUCUUAAAGCUUUUACGAAGUGGUGGAUAAUGAGACUGCUAUACCUAGAGUGACCGUCUUCUUAAUAAUCUAGUGUUCCAUUGGAAGCCCUUUAUUCACAAUAAAUCUGUCAAUUCAUGUA